GCGUGCGUGCGUGCGUGCGUGCGUGCGUGUGCUCUGCUCCAGCUCGCAGCAUCUGCGGCGGAUCCGGUUACCUCUCCGAUCAGCUGGUGAUCAUCUGGAUUGAUUCCGUGUGUCCGAUCAUCCGAACCGAGUCAUCAUCAUCGCUGACUGAAGGCCGAUUAAAGCGCGUUGAUGACGGGAAGCUGAAGCUGCGUAAUCAUGGAUGUGUUCGGCUUUCUCAACCUAAACGAGCUCGCUCUGGGGCUGUCACACCUCUCCAUGUUCCCCUGCUUCGACACGGCGCAUUAUAUCAUAUCUGUGAUGAGUCUGAGAGAGCAGCCGGGAGCGCUGGAGGUUUCUCAGCGCAGUCCGUUCGCCUGUUGGUUCAGUUCGAUGCUGUAUUGUUUCGGUGGAGCUGUUCUCUCAGCGCUGAUGAUGGCAGACGCCCCGAUCGCUCCACUGUCCAACACCACCAACCUGCUGCUCGCCUCGCUCAUGUGGUAUCUGGUGUUUUAUUGUCCUCUGGAUGCCGUGUACUCGCUGGCGUCCGUGUUGCCCGUGCGUCUGGUCUUGACGGCGAUGAAGGAAGUGACCCGUACCUGGAAGGUUCUGGGCGGAGUCACACAAGCAGGAAGGAAGUACAAAGACGGUCUGUUUGUGAUGAUCGCGGUGGGCUGGGCUAAAGGAGCCGGUGGAGGACUCUUGAGCAACUUUGAGCAGCUGGUUCGAGGCGUCUGGAAACCAGAAACCAACGAACUCCUGAAGAUGUCAUACCCGACCAAGGUGACGCUGCUGGGAUCCGUUGUGUUCUCUCUCCAUCAGUGCCGCCUUCUCCCAAUUCAGACGCAUCAGCUGAUCUUCAUCUACACGCUCUUCAUCGUCACCAACAAGACGCGGAUGAUGUUGUUGGGCUCGUCAUCGUAUCCGUUUUCAGCGGUGGAGACUCUGCUCUACAAGACUCUGUUUGUUCGGCCUUUGACCUUUUCACCUCUGACCGACCCGAGCCAGAGCUGCCGCGCUGCCCCGAACCACAACAAACCCAACGCACAAGACCAGAAACCCAGCGACACCAAUGAACCGGACCAAACCAGCCCCAAAGAUGCAGAAACCACCAAAAAGACCGACUGAGUCCUGAUGGAGAACUGUAGCGUUUCCGGCUGAUGAUGUUUUUAAAUCUGAAUAUCUUGAUAUCUAUAUAUUUGCUAUUCUGAGCUGAUUCACAGAAGAUUCUGUUCUUUUCUAUCCUGUGAUGGUGAGGAUAAUAUAUUUUAAUAUUAUUUAUAAUGCAUUUGUGAAUGCAAUCACUGAAAGUAGAAUCCCGAAACCUGUUUUACUGUAAGAUGUUUUGAUGCUGAAAUGAUUUAAUAUAAUUCACUCGCUCUGA